GUGAUUUCCUAUGAAUGAGAUACUGAUUUUCUUGUGAUAUUUUUGGGUGCGUACUUACCUGAGAGUGGAGCUUUUAACUGAGUAGAGUUGUGUCGCAGAUGCCAGGCCCAUCUCCUGGCCUUUAGUGGCAUUUGUGAGCAAAUAUGCGUAGGCUUGGCCUGUGAUUUACAGUCCUGUCUCACACGUACUAUUUACUGUACAGUAGGACGCGUUUCUGACAUGUCACCAUAGCAACGAAACGAAACAAACCACGCCUCUUCGGUUCUUUCCUUCAGCUUGCCGGCCUCUGCGCAUGCGCAAUAGCACCGCAACCGUUUGAAACGAGGCCGCGUUUUUAAAUAUCCCUCCCACGAGCUGGCCGCGCGCAGGUUUUCUCCAGGAGGCCACACGAUUGGCUAUAGAGACACACGUCACUCUUGAGUCACCAGAGGCGACGUGAUUGGUUACAAGGACAUAGAUUGACGCGACGCGAACGAAUUAAAGAGGGCGGCGGGCGGAGAGCAAUGUUUAGGUCGAGCUUUGAUUGGCUAGUUAGGCUUGAGGACUUAGAAGCGGCUGAUUGGCUGGCCGUGCCGCCAUUGAAGGCGCCACAAGAGGGCGGGGUGGAAAGGCAGUUACAAUAGUUGGAAACUGCCGAACGCGAGAGCGUCCCUGAGGUGGAUGGCAAAGGAGAGAGUCGGAAGGGUGAAGUGUUCAAAUUUGAUACCUUCAGCAUUAUGGAUUUAAUUUCUCCUGUACCUCAGAAUCAAAGAGGGGUUCUUGCAAAAAUGGUGCCCUUUAGUUUUCCUCCAUCAAAAUAUGCACUUUGGGAUCCAUCUCCAACUGGAGAAAGUUCAGUCUCUCACCUGACUUACUAUAGAAACCUUAAGUUAAACAUGACUGAGAAAACACUGCGACUUGCCCAUCGCCAUGCAAAACAAAGUCGAAGAAACCCCUUCACCUGUUUUCUAGUUGGAACUCUUGAGGUAGAUGAAGAUGGUGAAGGCGUAUUGUUAACAGUAGACCGUUUUGAUCCGGGCCGUCCAGUUAAUGGUGGCUUGGAGAAAAUACCGACAGCCCUUCUUCCUGGAGAUUUUUUGAUUCCAUGUACAAUUUAUUUAGGAUCAUCUUUGGGUGAUGUCCCAGUGCACAACUCUCAAGAUUUCAACUUGGCUUUUAAGGCAAUUCAUCAAAAUCUAAGCAGUCAAGAUGGUUUGGAUCCUUCCAAAUUGGUGACAUUGAAAGUUCAUAUGUCGUCAAUAGAGAAUAUGGACAAUCUAAAUUUUGAGUUUCAUUGGGCAGCUGUAACAGUGGCUAAUGCCUUGAAAUGUACUCCGGUGAAGUCUGUUCCAAUAAUUCCAACAGCUCUUGCUAGAAAUUUAAGCAGCCACAUGAAUAUUGCACAAGUUCAGGGAACUUGCAAGUGUGGGUAUCUUACAAUGGACCAGACAAGGAAAUUACUUCUAGUUCUAGAAUCUGACCCCAAAGCCUAUACUUUGCCAUUAGUAGGCAUUUGGUUGAGUGGAAUAUCUCAUAUCUAUAGUCCACAUGUCUGGGCCUUCUGUCUGCGCUAUUUAUUUAGCUCUUCAAUUCAAGAGAGGGUACCUUCAGAAUUGGGCAGCUUUCUUGUUGUGCUUUAUUCCCUGAAGUGUAAUGGUCCAGAAUUCUAUGAAUGCUUUCUUUGUGGUGGAAAUACUGAACUAGAUUUCCAGCUACUUACAAGUAAAGAAGCACUGCAUUUGUUCAAAAAUGUAGAACCUUCAGGGAAAUGUCCUAUCCAGUUUGAACUGAGCUCAAAGAAUGAAAAUGCAGAAAUGGAAUUCUUCAGCAAAAUUUUGAAAACUGUUUCCAUUAAUGGCCUGUCUCAAAGUAUGCCUUCCAACAAACUAUCUGUUAGUGAUCAUGACUCAGGUGUGGAAGAUGAUACAUCCCCAAGACUAUUUCCUAGUCCUCAUCCAGUGAGUCAACAGAUAACAGAGAUCCAGCCUUCAGUACCAGAACUUUCACUUGUAUUUGAUGGCACUUCUGCAGAAACAGUUUCAACACCAAAACAUGUCAUGUUUGUGGAUAAAAAAAACAAACCUCCAUGUGAAUAUCAACCUGAUAAGAUGGCAUGCCCAGAAAAGCACUCAUCCCGCCAUUAUCAGAAUUCUGAUACUGGCAAACCAAUACUUGGUGGUUUUACCAGAGAAUCUCUUCCAAGACCAAUAAAACAAAGAAUUCCAAUUUUAAAGCCUUGUAAAGGAAUGCAACCUUCAGUACAAAAGCAGCUGGAUACAGUUGGGUCUCAAGCAAAGAAGAGUUUUCAGUCUUCUUCACCCCCUUCUUCUUCAGAACUUUGUGGUGAACCGUCUCCCAACACAUCUUCUCAUCGACUUGGAAAACCUACUGAAACAUACUUAGGAGAUCAGGAUAUUACACAAAGAAAUGGAGAACUUUCUGUUAAUGGAGCCUUUGAAUCUAAAUCUAAGCCGUCUCCUGUACAUUCACAGCCUGUGUGUCAUAGCUGUGGGCUGUCACCUCCACAUUUGAAAAGCCCAUUGGAGCUUCAGAUUCCACUUCAGCAUCCGCAUUGCUGCCCUCCUUUUGUCUGCAGUUGUCAGUUACACAGCCAUAUGCAAUACACUCCGACAAAUGCAUGGCAAGGGGUGUAUAGAGUGACUUCUGAUCACACACCUGAAAUCCGGACAAGUAGCACCCAAGAGGCUACACAGUCAAUCCUCCAUCAAAACAUGGAAUGUACAGAUCCUGGCUGCAAUCUAGUAUGUGCCACCAGUAGUCCUAGGAGCCUAGGCCAUUAUGGAGUAACAGGGCAUUGUUCUCAGAAUGAUCAUUUGGCAGCAACACUGAGUACUUCUUCUCCCAAAGAUCCUUGCCAUGCACAGCCUCAUACAGUAUGUUCACUUUGUAUGCACCCUCCUGCACCAAAAAUGAGAUCAGAUAAUGAAAUGAUGGGAUUAUCUUCAGAUGUUUACAGAAUUCUUACUGAACAAGACAAGCAGAUCAAGCUGCUACAAGCUCAGAUCCAGCGGCUUUUAGAAGCACAGACUCUUCACUCUUGUUCCACUAAGACUAUAUCAAGCAGUAGUUUACAGUCGGAGAAGCAGCUAGAAUUUGUUGCCAUGGAAACCCAAUCCUCCCCAGUGUUACACAUGAAAAAAAGUGUCAGCAUUGCAGUGAGCACAGGUGCUAGUUUGUACUUGAAUGCCCCUUUGGAGAGAAACAAAGAUUCUGUGGCACAGGAUGAUGUUGAAAUUUCCAAUGAAGAUCUCAACAUUUCUAUGAACUCUGAAAAAGACAGAAGUCAGACAAGCAUUGCCUCUUCAUUAAAAGUUGUUGAUAUACCCAGCUUUGUAGAUAGUGUACAUGUAGUCGAAGAAGGACCUGGUCAACAUUCUGCUGGACUUGGUGGGCCAGCUCCUUCAGGGAUAGCCCAAACCUCUCUACUGAAUGAAAGUGUUAGUAUGUGCAUGCAGCCCAGAUCAUCAGAGGGAACUGUCAAUCAUUUGGUAACAAUUAAUGAACAAAACACUGAAAAAGUUGUCACUCACCUGCCAACUGUCCCACCAGAUGAUCAAAAAUUUUACCAGGAUAUCUUAGGCCAAGUAAACCAUUUCUUGAAGGCAUCUUCUGAAGCAAACAGUUCCUCUGGAAAAGAAGAUGUAAUAAGCAAUGAAUGUAGCACUUCUUCAAAAUUGAGUAAAGCGAAAAGAGAUUCAGCACCUGAACCUGUCCCAAAAGAUCAAGAUAAUGUUUUGAAUGCAACCUUGAAGCAGUUAAAAAAACUUGGAGUGAAUUUUGACUCUCCUCAUAAGAUGAACAGUGCUCACAAAGUUGAGAAUGCCAGUAUAAUGGCCUGUAUUCAUCCUGAAGCUGUAAUCCCAGGGCUAAAUUACAUCUCGUUUGCUAAUGUUGGCAUGAGUGGCUUAACUCCCAAUGGUGUGGAUCUGAGUAUGGAGGCAAAUGCUAUUGCUCUCAAAUACUUAAGUGAAAAUCAACUGUCUCAACUUUCUCUGAGUCGCUCAAGUCAAAGAGAUUCUAUGGCUUCAUCUUUACAGACUCUCCUGCACACCAGUGCAGACAAGACCUUGGUGGGUUUUGGCCUAAUUUCCCCAAGCAAUAUGUCUUUUGCAACCAGAAAGUACAUGAGGAAGUAUGGGCUCUUGCAAAGCUGUGAUAGUAGUGAUGAUGAUGAUGGUGAACAAGUGACUAAUGACUACAGAAGAGAAGAAAAUUUAAAACCUGUCCUACAGCUAGAUUUCAACCCUGCUAUAGACGGUUUAGCCAGCUCAAAGGACCCUUUUGAAAGAACUGGCAGUAAAGAAGUUCCUUUUAACCGCACACACUGUGGCACUGAACAGUCGAGUGAUCAUAUAUUAAACUCGGAAGGCCCCAUGAUCAGAAAUGUUACCAAUGCAGUCCUCCCAGUCAGAAUCCUGCAUCCAUCAAAUGGAGGUUCAGACACUUCCGUUUUAAGAGACUUAAAGCCAAAAAGCAAACGUCUACCUGGAAAAGCAGAGUUUACACAGCACCCUGACAAAGAGCAUCUGAGUGCUCAAAUGGUAUCCGAAACUCCACAAACUCCUGUUAUCAGUCACUUAAACCAUGCGGGCAACAUGAAUUCAGUGGGUACUUUUCUUGAUGUACAGCAGCUCAGACAGUUGCCGAAAUUAUUGUGACCUUUGGUGUAUUGCUGCAUCUUUGCCGGACUUUUCAAUAUUGGCUUUAUCGUGGUUCAGCAGAAUCCAGAAAAAUCUGUUGGUUACAGAUCUCUUUGAGAGAUGCUUCCAUUUCAUUUUGGUCAAUCUGAUUGCCUUAUGUUAUUUGCUUAGCUGUUACAUGAGAGGUGUGUUUACACAUUUGUGACACAUUUCCAAGUGCCUUAUGUAUUGUGAGAGUGGAUUACUGUGUGGUGUGAUGUAUGGCUUUUUAACAGAAUUUGACUUGUGAGUUUACUAGAAGGGGACAAGGUGCAACAAUUGGUGUUGGAGCAGACAGUGUGUUUGUUACUCACUUGGUCUUUUUGGGUUCAUCUAAGCAUUAGAAUACUGCGUUUCAUUUUAUAGCAUUAAUUCUUUGAAAUUUGAAAUAAAAUGUGAAAGUGACUAUAUCAAAUGGGAUCAUGAAGAAAACCAACUCAGUAACUGUGUCUCA